GAGGAUCUCCGGAGGAAUUACAAGGAGGUGGGCUGUUUAUGUUGCUUGCUAGUUGGCUUUGCUGAGCUGGGAUGAAAAUGCAUCUUUGGUGUGGCCAGCCAAAGCCCACGGGCAGAUUCCAACUGCCUGGGUUAAGAAAUAGGAGGACAAGUUGUGUAACUCGGUGGUAGAAAUGCUGAUAAUGACAGUGACAAUAGUAAUGCCACGAAGAUCUCUUAAGAUUUAAACUGUACUCUGGAUUUUUUUUUUAAUUUUUGUAGCCCACACCGUUUCUGUCUCUUCUGCAAAGAAAAGGCAGUGAAAAGUCACUGGACUAAGUAGGACCUACGUCCUAGGUCUUCUGGUGUUGGCAAUAAUUCGCUGGCUGGAUCUAGCCUAGGGCCUUGCUUCACUGUGGUCCUUUCCAUUUGUAUGAUGAGGGUCUUAAGGCAGAUAUGAAGCCAUUCAUCUCUGUAAAAGUCACUAGUCUAUGAUUCUAUGAAGUCGCCUUUUAAAUAAUAAGAGCACCUGAGAAAGAAAUGUAAGGAAAGAAUGUGUGAAGAAUAUGCUACGCCCUGUUGAGAGGGGCUAUUUCUACUCACCAGACUCCCCAAACUCACGAAGAGUACAGGAUGGCCACAGCUUUCAGAUUGUGAAUGAAGAAACUUUUGCCAGAGAAGUACUACCAAAAUACUUCAAACAUAACAAAAUAACAAGCUUUAUUAGACAACUCAACAUGUAUGGUUUCCGAAAGGUGUUUGCACUGCAGACUGAAAAGACAAGCCAGGAGAAUAAAAUAUCUAUUGAAUUUCAGCAUCCACUUUUCAAAAGGGGAGAAGCCUGUCUUCUUGCAAACAUUAAACGAAAGGUGCCAACAAUAAAAAUUGAAGGUGCCAGCCUCUACUCUGAUGAGUUUCAGAAAAUUGUGACUGAAAUGCAAGAGUUUAAAGACAUGCAGAGGAAGAUGGAUGCCAAAUAUACACAAAUGAAACAGGACUAUUCAAACCUAUAUCAUGAAGUUACAAACCUAAGAAAGAAGUACUGUGCACAACAACAACUGCUGACACGGGUACUCCAUUUUAUCUUGGAUUUGAUGAGUGAAAACCAUACAGUACUAAAAAAGAGGAAAAGGUCAUUAUCAUUCAUAUCUGAAGAUUCAGAUUCUGAAUGGGAUCAUCAGUAUUUCCGUAUUCCAGAGGACAAGAAGGAAGCUAUGGAGAUAUUAAAAGAUGGUUACGAACUCGUUGAAGACAAAUAUAAAAGUCUCCUUGAUAGAGUCAUGCCAAUUUUGAAAGAAUCCAAAAAGUUAAUUUCAUCUGGAGACCAGCCAAGUGGAGAUGAUGGAGAACACCCUAAAGUGCCAGUUCAGGAUAAACCUAUGAAUGAAGAGUCACUGACCAUUCAGUUGGAUUUGACCAUACCAGUAUUACCAGAACAAAUAACUGAAGAAUCUGUUGAACAAGAACCUAAGGAUAUUUCUCUGGAAUUAGAUCUUUCUUCUCAGGAUUCAAUUUUAAUGAAAGAUAAAUCAGACAAUUUAUAUAACAAUAUAAUUAACAGGGAUAAAAAGGAUAUGCAUCAUACUGAAGGAAAUUUGUUAGAGCUAAAUUCAUUACUAUCUAGGAAGGCAUUGAAUUAUGACUCUGAUCAUUUCAGUGAGACAAUCAUAUGAUACAAUGUAUGGAAACACCAGAGCUUUUCCUAUUGGAUGAGAUACCAAUGUGUGAUUUUGGAGAAAAUCUUCAAGAUUAUGACAGACUUUUAGAGGAUCUGAAGAACCCACCAAAUGUCAUAUCAGCUUUAUGUGACCAUGAUUAUGUAACCUCCAAUAUUUCUACUCUACAAGAAGAUACUAUUGAAAAUAGUAUUCCUCAGUUAUGUAUGGAAGCCAAUGGGGAAUCCAGUGUGUUCCCUUUUCUCAUUCUCAACCCUGUUACUAAUAUUUUUUGAAGAGCAUAUUGAAAUCAAUCUUCUGUUACAAUUUAUUUUGAGUCUUAAUGAAUCUCAUUUAGAUAUUCAAUGGCUGCUGGCUAGUAUUAUGUAUCUUCAUUUGGAAAUUUCUGUAACUUAAAUUAAUAUGUUAAAAUUAUAGCCCCCCAACAUCUAGACAAGCUUUGGCAACUAGGAUAAAAUUCAGACCACAAGAAAACAUAGGUAAUAUAUCCAAAUUUUAAUAUAAUAAGAAGUUAGUUUUUAAUUUUUAAACUAAUGAUGUUCUAGUACUUUGUUACUAGAAUAGAGAUUAAUGUUAUUGCAUUUUUAAGUAAUUAGAAAUUUUCUGUAGCUAGAUUUUGUUUAUAGUAAAGAAACAAUUAUUGCAAAAUUUAAAAGCAAGGUUUAGAGUUAAUGAAAACGAUGUUACUCCUAGAUUUUACUGAUACAUUUAUUCUAUAGCUUCCCACUUUAUUUUCUGUCUUACACUAUUUUUACUUCCUCAAGAAAGUUAAAAUUUCAGCAGGAUAUGAUUUUUUUCUGUAUAAUGGCCAUCUCAUAUACAAUCAAAGUCAACAUACUGACUCUCAUAUAAAUCCUUCAACAAAAACUCCAAGAAUCAAACUCAAGCAAACAUUUUCCUAAAAAGCAUGCAGAAACCCAAGAACAAGUGAUUUAUUCAAAAAUAAAUUUAAAAAUUCACAGUAAACCAUUUCUCAACUAUAUUUAUCUAUCAUUUCUACUGUAAUCUCUAGCUAUAUCAGUAUUCUUUGACAGAUAUGUAGUUAUUAGAUAGAAUAUUAUCUUUCAAAAAUAGUAUGGUUUUACCUAAACUUGAAGCAGUUUUCAUACUAUUUCAACUGUUCUAACACCAACUUUCAUACAUGGCUAAACAUUGAGUACCAUAGCACAUAGAAUCUAAGAGUAUCUGUUUAGUUGAAGAAGCACUUUAGAAUAUGUUUAAGGUCUUAUGUUAGUAAGCUGAAUACUAAAACAUCAAGCAUCUAAAGGGCCCAGUCUGUAACACUUUAUUACUGCUUUAUCCUACCUGCUAAAGGGUCUACAAAUUUAGCUUGUUUUUUAGUCCUUUUAUUUUUCAAAGUUUAACAUGUUCUUCAAUAGGCUCACUAAUGAAGUCAGAUUUAACAGAAAGGGGAAAUAGGUCAUUAUUUUCAGUAUCCAUUUUUAAAAUGUGUAUUUGUUUAAAUAAAAUGGUUUGUGUAAUUUUGAGAAUUCUUAAGGAAAGUCCAGAUCUCAUUUAGUGAUGGCUGAGCUUUUGAUAUGCAGGAGUAACCUGGAAUAUUUCAAAAACUGAAAAACAUCUUGUCACUGUAAUGCUAUAUAAGUCAAUAAAGAGUUGAGCAUA